AUGGAGGGCCAAGGUGCCGCUCCCUUUGACACCCCUCCACCACCAUCCGGCCUGGGCAACUUUAAAGGAGUAAUGCUAUGUAAUCGCCCAACCGAUGAAGUCAAGGCUGUGGCCGAGGUUCCCAUGCCUUUUAGGUCAGCGGUCGCCUCAAACUCGGAGGUGGGCCUCAGGCCGUUGAGGAACUACGAGCCGACGGUGAAGAAGAGGGGUCCUAGCGCCGCUCUUCGCAGACACGUGCGAUGGCUCCGGGAGUUGCAAGAGCAAAUGAGGGAAGACCGCAACCAGGUGGAGCAAGAAGAGCAGGACGAAGAAGCCAAAAGGAUAAAGAUGAAAGCAGCCUUUGACAAGCAGAGACAAGCGGUACGUGGUUUGAUGAAAGAGCGACACGACAAAUUGAAGGAGGAGGAAGCUACAGCCAAAGACAGAACGGCCAAGCCGAGUUUUGCAGCCGAUGAGGGCAAUGGGCCCACGAAGGCACAGUGUGCAAAACCGCUUUGGGCGAUGACUCCGCAGGAGAAGGACAAGUUUGAGGAAGAGGAGUUCGACGACCUCAUCAACUUCGUUGAGGGUCUGAACUUCGACAAAUAUGUCGGAGAUCUGGAGUUUCGACAAGCCCUGGGUGCGCUCAAAGACCGCACCGGGAAAUUGAAGAAGGAACAAGAAGCGUUCAAGGAUGAGCUUCUUGCAAGCUUCAACGCGAGCCUCGACGACGAAGACUACGAGGAAAGCACAGCCGCCGGAAGCUCAAAGUUAGAGGACGGCGUUGAUGGGCAGAGCCUCUUGGGGGACCUCCGCAGCGAGUACAGUGUUGCCUCUAGCCGCAGGUCAAGGAAUAAAGAAGCCCGCGACAAUGGUCAAAAGGAAUGGGAUAGCUCUACUGCUGCCGGAGAGGACCGGCCUGCUGUUGACCCAGAGGUCAAGGACAUGGCUGAGGCGGUACUGGAGCAGAACCCCAAGUUCCGGGCCAUUCACUCCAAAGACUCAGUCCAAAAGAUCAUAGAGAAGGUGCGUGCUGAUCCGGUGGUCGACCUGCCUUUAGCAGACCAUAUGCGGUUAGAGGGCCCGUGCCCGGUUCCUGUCAUCACCGCUUCAUCAGACACGCAAAAUCGGCUGCACAAGCCGGUUGAUCCAUCAAUGCUUCCUUAUUUGUACCGCUCACCUGCCAUAUGA